AUGAUACUUCAGCCAUCAACGAUAUAUGGAAGCAUUAUUAUGAAGUUUUUAGGCUUCCUUCUAUAUUUCGCUGCUUCUAGACUAAAGCCUCCCAAAGGGUCUGAAGAAGAAAAGAAAUUAGGGACUGGUUGGAUCAGAAUUUCUGCUAAUAGGAAUUAUAUAAAGAGGAAAAUUAAGUUCGACAUAAAAAACGAGAGCUACAUUACUUGGCUACAACAAUACAGUGAGAAAUUGAACGAAUGCUUUAACAAGGUACGAUAUAUUGUAUUCAAUUGAAAGGUGUAUGGUUCAAUUCAUUGAACUACAUAAUAUCUAUCUACAUAUAUCCUAACAAUUCAGUUAUUUAUUGAUACCUCAUUCGGAUAAGUUCUCAGUUCUCAGCAUAAUUCUGAUUCUUCAUCAUUACUCUUGCUUCGCUGAGACUUUGGUUAAUCUUCUACCAUCUCAUGAAGUUGGUUAGAAGUAUAUGUUAAGAUGCAAACGAAGAGGUGAAAAAAUUGAUACGCUUUUAUUUUGAAUUAAUAGGUCGUGGGGAAGUAAAAAAAAAAAAUUGAUUUGUAAACAUGUUAGCUUACCAAGGGGAUUUCCUACGUGAUCAAUUUUUAUAUAGGUUUAUAUAGUUUUUCUAGGGUAAAAAUAAGAUGUUCGAAUGCCGAAGAAUUUUUACUAUUAUAAAGUUUUCUGAAAAGUGACAUUUUGAACUGUCACAUGCUCACAUACUUAUUUUUGUCUUAGUUUAACUCCAUUGUAGAUCACCUAAAUUUCUUCGUUCUUUAUCUUGGCUACUAGCCUGUUUCUCUUCCUUUUAGUAAGGGGAUAUAUUUUUCAGGCUUUAAGUCUGCACUCAUUUUUUUUCUACCAUGCAUUUGUAUGGGCUAUAAUAUUUUCUACUUUGUCGUAUUAUAAUGUAUAGGGGGAUUUCCACUUGUUUCUGACAGUAAUAGCCAAAACUGUCGUUUUUGAAGGCAUUAUAGGGGGAACCUAAUAUGGCUGUGAUGGGUGUAGCGAUCAGCGGUUUUGACAGACUGAAUGGAUGUGCUGGUUUGUUUCAGUGAAUUUGUAUUGCUUGCUGUGCUAUGAAGUAUGGCCUGGCGAGGAUCCCACACACGGAAACUCAUAAACAUCAAUAAAAAUGCGAGGAGGCACGAGUUAUGAUCUUUAUGACUGUCAAUCGAGGGAUGUAUUGUCGAAAAUGCAGGAGUACUCAAUUUUCAUGCUUGUCACAGAGAUUAUGUAAAACAGACGCUCUUACGAUUUUGAUAUACUUUUUUACAUUCAGUUAAAGCAUAAAAGUGAAUUGAUUCUCAAAUGAUGGGAUGAAGGAA